AGAAAGCCUCAGUGCUGACCUGGCGGCCGUCGCGACCGCACCGGCCUGGCGACCAUGCGCCAGACUCUGUGACUCUUGUGUGUGAGUGUGUUCAGCACAGUGUCCGUGCAUUAACCCCAACCCCUGAUAGUGUUAACCGGAUUUCAUAUUUGGAACGCCCCGCGGCGUGCAAAAAGAUUUACGAUGCUGAUUAGGUGUCGGGCGGCACUGAGUGUCGUCGUGCUCCUGUUACUCGCCGCGCCUUCAUUCUCAGAGAGCAACCUCUUCACGUGUCCAAAUGGUUGGGAGUUGAAGGGUCUACACUGCUAUAAAUUCUUCAAUAUAAGGCAUUCGUGGGAAAAAGCAGCGGAAUUAUGUCGAAGGUACGGGAGCGAGUUGAUAGUUAUAGAUAGUUAUACAGAAAAUAAUAUGACUGCAAAUUUGGUGCCAUCUAGUCCUAGUAACAAUCACUACUGGCUUGGUUUAGCAACUGUAGAUGAUCUUAGAACUAACACCUUGGAAUCGGCUGCUGGAGCGUUGGUGUCUCAAUAUGCAGGAUUCUGGGACCUAAAGCAACCAAACCCCAAAGAGGGAGAAUGUGUAGAUGUUCAUGUUACUUCAGACAGUCAAUCAUGGGAACUAACAACUUGUGAGACGCUACUACCCUUUAUGUGCAGAGCAACUGCCUGUCCUGCAGGAACCUUCCAUUGUUCGAACGGCAGAUGUAUUAAUGCGGCCUUCAAAUGUGACAAGCAAGACGAUUGUGGCGAUGCAUCUGACGAAAUGGAUUGCGCUUCUGAAUGUCACUUCUAUAUGGCCAGUAGCGGAGAUGUUGUUGAAAGCCCCAACUAUCCUCAUAAAUAUUCACCCUUCAGCGACUGCAAAUGGACACUCGAAGGUCCCCAGGGGCAAAAUAUCGUACUACAGUUCCAAGAUUUUGAAACUGAAAAGUCUUUUGAUACUGUUCAAAUCUUAGUUGGUGGACGAACCGAAGACAAAUCUGUUAAUCUAGCUACACUAUCAGGGAAACAAGAUUUAUCUAAUAAAAUUUACGUAUCUGCUUCUAACUUUAUGAUAAUUAAAUUUAGCUCCGAUGGAUCUGUAGAAAAGAAAGGAUUCCGUGCUUCGUGGAAAACUGAAUCUUCAAAUUGUGGGGGCGUACUUAGAGCAACACCUCAGGGUCAAGUGUUAACCUCCCCUGGUUAUCCAAAUAGUUAUCCUGGUGGUUUAGAAUGUAUGUAUAUUAUCGAGGCACAGCCAGGCAGAAUAGUUUCAUUAGAAAUUGACGAUUUAGAUUUAGAGAUGAACAGAGACUAUAUUGUAAUCAAAGACGGUAAUAUGCCAUCAAGCCCUGUACUUGCAAGGUUAACUGGAGCUGGAGAAGACAAUGAAAAAGUAGUUAUAUCUACUACUAAUCAUAUGUAUAUGUACUUCCGUACUAGCCUCGGAGAUUCUAAAAAGGGCUUCAAUAUGAGGUACUCACAAGGUUGUAGAGCGACUAUAAUAGCAGCAAAUGGAACUUUUACUUCUCCAGCUUAUGGCCUCAGUAAUUACCCAAAUAAUCAGGAGUGUUUGUACAGAGUUAAGAAUCCAAACGGUGGUCCACUCUCUCUUAAAUUUGAUGAAUUCAAUAUUCAUCCUUCUGACGUAGUUCAAGUUUUUGAUGGAUCAAGUCCAAGUGGAUUACGACUACAUUCAGAAAACGGAUUUACAAUCAAGCCGAGAAUUACUUUAACUGCUUCAAGUGGCGAAAUGCUCAUACGCUUUAUGUCUGACUCAUUACACAAUGGAGCUGGUUGGAAAGCUACAUUUUCAGCAGAUUGCCCUCCUAUAAAAUCCGGAAUUGGUGCGCUGGCAUCUAACAGAGAUACUGCUUUCGGGACAACAAUAACAUUUUCGUGUCCUAUUGGCCAAGAGUUUGCUACUGGAAAAUCACGAAUCUCUACACAAUGUUUAGAUGGAGGAAAUUGGUCCACCACAUAUAUUCCAAGCUGUCAAGAGGUUUAUUGUGGCCCUGUACCUCAAAUCGACAACGGAUUUUCAAUUGGAUCUACUAAUGUAACUUACCGUGGCGUGGCGACUUAUCAGUGUUAUGCAGGAUUUGCAUUCCCAACUGGACAGCCUAUAGAGAGAAUUUCUUGUCUUUCUGACGGUAGAUGGGAAAGAACACCAACCUGUCUUGCGUCCCAAUGUGUAGCUUUACCUGAUGUAUCACACGCCAAUGUUACAAUAUUGAACGGUGGAGGUCGAAGCUAUGGUACUAUAGUACGAUAUGAAUGUGAACCUGGAUAUGUUCGAACGGGUCAACCGGUGCUGCUUUGUAUGAGUAACGGCACAUGGUCUGGUGAAGUACCAACUUGUUCAAAAGCCUUAUGUCCUGAUUUCCCGGAGAUUAAAAAUGGAUUCAUUGUUGACCAAAGUAGAUCAUAUAUGUUCGGUGACGAAGCGCGUGUACAGUGUUAUAAAGGGUACAAAAUAAAUGGUCCUAGCAUAAUCAAAUGUGGAGCUAACCAAGAAUUUGAUGCUACUCCAACUUGUGAAGAUAUUAACGAAUGUAUUAGCAGCCAAUGUGACUCAACAACAACAGAGUGUAAAAAUACACAAGGUGGAUUUUACUGUCCUUGCCGGCCGGGCUUUACACCAAGUCUGGACUGCAGACCAGUUGGUGACUUGGGACUAAUUAAUGGUGCUAUACCAGAUGAGUCUAUAACGACAUCUGCAUCCGAACCUGGAUAUCAUAAGGGGAUGAUCCGGCUCAAUAAUGGAGGAGGAUGGUGUGGAAAUAAUUUAGAAGCUGGUGCAAAUUGGGUUCUUGUAGAUUUAAGAGCACCUACAAUUGUAAGGGGAUUCCGAACAAUGAGUGUUAUGAGAGCAGAUGCCAAUAUUGCUUUUACUUCGGCUAUAAGAAUCCAAUAUACAAAUAAUUUGACGGAUGUGUUUAAAGACUAUACAAAUCCAGAUGGAACAGCUGUAGAAUUUCGCAUAUUAGAACCAACACUAUCAGUACUAAACCUGCCCAUGCCGAUUGAAGCGCAAUAUGUUAAAUUCAAAAUACAAGAUUACGUGGGUGCUCCUUGCUUGAAGCUUGAAAUUAUGGGGUGUGCAAGACUUGAUUGUAUUGACAUAAACGAGUGCAGUGAAAACAACGGUGGAUGUGAACAAAAAUGUAUCAACUCGCCAGGAAGUUUCUCAUGCUCAUGUAAUAUUGGACAUGAACUCUACUUUUCAAACGGAACAGCUGGAUUUGCUAUAGAAAAAUCUGAAACUGGUGAAAGAGAUGGUGAUACAUACCAAAGAAAUAAAUCAUGUGUCCCAGUGAUGUGUCCACCACUAGCUUCACCUGAAAAUGGUCUGUUACUAUCUACAAAAUCUUCUUAUCACUUCGGCGAUAUUGUUGAAUUCCAGUGUGAUUUCGGAUAUGUUAUGUCUGGAUUCUCUUCAUUGCUUUGCACUUCAAGCGGAUCGUGGAACGGUACAGCUCCCGAAUGUCAAUAUGCGCGUUGUGUUACUUUAUCAGAUGACAAAAAUGAUGGCUUGAAAAUAAUUAGAGAAGAUCCUGAGAGUGUAUUAGUACCCUAUAGAGACAAUGUUACCAUAACUUGUGCAUCACCAGGUCGUUUAUUGAGAAAUACUGCAACUGCUUACUUUAGACAAUGUGUUUAUGAUCCGAAACCAGGACUACCAGAUUAUUGGCUUUCCGGUGCCCAGCCCCAAUGUCCUCGUAAAGAUUGUGGCGUGCCAAUGCCAACACCGGGAGCAGAAUACGGCCAAUAUCUUGAUACAAGAUAUCAAAGCUCUUUCUUUUUCGGAUGCCAAAAUACUUUUAAACUAGCAGGUCAAACAAGUAAACACGACAAUGUAGUAAGAUGUCAAGCAAAUGGAAUUUGGGACUUUGGUGACUUAAGGUGUGAAGGGCCUGUAUGUGAUGAUCCAGGCCGACCAGCAGAUGGCUAUCAAAUUUCUAAAAGCUAUGAGCAAGGAUCUGAGGUUUUGUUUGGCUGUUCAAGACCUGGUUAUAUUUUAAUUAAUCCAAGACCUAUUACCUGUAUGCGGGAACCAGAAUGUAAAGUUAUCAAACCACUUGGUUUAGCUUCCGGAAGAAUACCUGAUUCAGCUAUCAACGCUACCUCAGAAAGACCUAAUUAUGAAGCUAAAAAUAUCAGGCUUAAUUCAGUUACUGGAUGGUGUGGCAAACAAGAAGCAUUCACUUAUGUUAGUGUCGACUUAGGAAAAGUAUACAGAGUCAAAGCUAUUCUUGUUAAGGGUGUUGUGACAUCUGAUAUUGUUGGUCGACCAACUGAAAUAAGGUUCUUCUACAAACAAGCGGAAAAUGAGAAUUAUGUGGUAUAUUUCCCCAACUUCAAUCUUACAAUGAGGGAUCCUGGUAACUAUGGAGAACUUGCGAUGAUCACAUUGCCAAAAUAUGUGCAAGCAAGAUUUGUUAUAUUGGGUAUUGUUAGUUUUAUGGACAAUGCUUGUCUGAAAUUCGAAUUAAUGGGUUGUGAUGAACCUAAAGUAGAACCAUUAUUAGGUUAUGACUACGGAUAUUCUCCUUGUGUUGACAAUGAGCCACCGGUCUUCCAAAACUGCCCUCAACAUCCUAUUGUCGUCCAGACAGACGUAAACGGAGGUCUGUUACCAGUCAACUUUACUGAACCAACUGCUACCGAUAAUACUGGUGCUAUAGCAAGAUUAGAAGUGACACCCCAACAUUUUAAAACUCCAAUCCAAGUUUUCCACAACAUGGUUGUGCGAUAUGUAGCAUUUGAUUUUGAUGGAAAUGUUGCUAUUUGCGAAGUGAACAUUACUGUACCGGAUUAUACACCUCCUAGACUAAGCUGCCCACAAAGCUACGUUAUAGAGCUAGUCGAUAAACAAGACAAUUAUGCUGUGAACUUUAACGAAACUAGGAAAAGAAUAAACGCAAGUGACGCUUCUGGAGAGGUAUUCCUAAAGUUCGUCCCUGAAAGAGCAGUCAUACCUAUACGUGGCUAUGAAAACGUUACUGUCAUAGCAUCUGAUAAAUAUGGAAAUAAAGCCCAAUGUCAUUUCCAGGUAUCAGUGCAAGCCACACCUUGUGUCGAUUGGGAGCUAAUGCCACCAGCUCACGGAUCUCUUAACUGUCUCCCUGGUGAUAGGGGAAUACAGUGCAUUGCUACUUGCAGUCCUGGAUUUAGGUUCACAGACGGAGAACCAGUCAAAACAUUCGUAUGUGAAACUAAACGUCAAUGGGUCCCCACUGCUGUAGUACCUGACUGUGUUUCUGAAAAUACUGAACAAGCUGCAUACCACGUUGUAGCAGGUGUACAAUAUCGAGCCCUUGGAGCUGUCUCAAAUGCUUGCUUACCACAAUACAAAGAUCUUCUUGCUCAAUAUGAUAGCAUAUUAAAUGAACGUUUGUCCCAACGUUGUUCAGCCGUAAAUGUCAAUAUAAAUGUUACCUUUAUCAAAGCAAUGCCUAGUCUACUUGAUGAAAAUGUAGUGAAAAUGGACUUUGUUUUGGCUAUAACUCCUGCCAUAAGGCAAACACAGUUAUAUGAUCUUUGUGGUUCUACACUAAAUCUUAUUUUUGAUUUAUCUGUGCCAUAUGCAAGUGCACUUAUUGAACCAGUAUUAAACGUAUCUUCUAUUGGAAAUCAGUGUCCUCCUUUAAGAGCAAUUAGAAGUUCAAUUUCACGAGGAUUUACUUGUACCGUUGGUGAAGUACUUAAUAUGGAUACUAAUGAUGUGCCUAGAUGCCUGCACUGUCCUGCUGGAACUUAUGCUGGUGAAAAACAAAAAAGUUGUACCAUGUGUCCGCGAGGAUAUUUCCAGAACCAAGCGCGGCAAGGCUCAUGUCUGAAAUGUCCCCAAGGAACGUUUACCAGGGAAGAAGGUUCAAAAGACUUAAACGACUGCGUACCUGUGUGUGGCUAUGGAACAUACUCUCCAACAGGAUUAGUUCCGUGCUUAGAAUGCCCUCGUAAUAGUUAUACAAGUGAACCACCUCUAGGAGGAUUUAAAGACUGUCAAGCUUGUCCUGUCAAUACAUUUACUUAUCAACCAGCAGCUUCUGGAAAAGAUAAAUGUAGAGCUAAGUGUGCACCUGGAACGUAUUCACCCACUGGUUUGGCUCCAUGCUCUCAAUGUCCGAGGAAUUUCUAUCAAAACGUAGUGGGAAGUACAUUAUGUAUGGAAUGUCCAACAAAUAUGAAAACUGUUAGCACAGGUGCUACAGGAUUAGAAGAAUGUUUGCCAGUGGAAUGUUCUAAUAGUGCUUGUCAACAUGGUGGACUCUGUGUACCGAAAGGUCACGGUGUUCAAUGUUACUGCCCAGCUGGAUUUUCGGGACGUAGGUGUGAAAUAGAUAUUGACGAGUGCGAAAGCCAACCUUGUUACAACGGAGGUACUUGCAUUGAUCUUCCUCAAGGAUACAGGUGCUCAUGUCUUACGGGGUAUGGUGGUAUCAACUGUCAAGAAGAAAGAUCUGACUGUAGAAAUGAUACAUGCCCAGAGCGCGCCAUGUGUAAAGACGAACCAGGCUUUAAUAAUUUCACAUGUUUAUGUAGGUCUGGUUACACUGGCAUUGAUUGCGAUAUUACGAUUGAUCCCUGUUCGGCUAAUGGAAAUCCAUGCAAAAAUGGUGCUACUUGCACAGCAUUACAACAAGGGAGAUAUAAAUGCGAAUGUUUGCCAGGUUGGGAAGGCCAGUUAUGUGAACAAAACACCGACGACUGUAUUGAAAAACCAUGUUUACUGGGCGCGCCUUGUACUGAUUUAGUAAAUGACUUUAGUUGUUCAUGCCCACCAGGCUUUACCGGAAAACGUUGCCAUGAAAAAAUAGAUCUCUGCUCUAAUGGUCCAUGUAAACACGGAAUCUGCGUUGACAAAUUAUUUAUACAUAAAUGUGUUUGUGAUCCUGGUUGGUCGGGACCUUCCUGUGAUAUCAAUAUAAAUGAAUGUCUUAUAUCACCCUGUGAAAAUGGAGGUCGCUGUAUCGAUGGUGUCGACGACUUCACUUGCAGUUGUGAAGCUGGGUAUACUGGCAAACGGUGUCAGCAUACUAUUGACGAUUGUGCUUCCGAACCUUGUCAGAACGGUGCUACUUGUUCAGACCAAAUAGAUGGAUUCACAUGCAAAUGCCGACCAGGUUUUAUAGGACUUCAAUGCGAAACGGCUAUUGACGAAUGCUUGACUGAACCAUGCAACCCAGCAGGAACUGUUCGCUGCAUAGACUUGGACAACAAAUAUCAAUGUGUAUGUCGGGAAGGUUUUACAGGAGAAAUGUGCGAAACUAAUAUUGAUGAUUGUGCAUCAGAUCCAUGCUAUAACGGUGGUUCUUGCAAAGAUGAAAUCGGAGGUUACAAAUGUGGUUGUCAACCUGGAUGGACUGGCAAACGUUGUGAACGUGACAUUGGGAAUUGCGUUAAUUUACCUUGCCAGAACAAUGCUCGAUGCAUUGAUCUUUUCCAAGACUAUUUCUGCGUGUGUCCUAGUGGAACAGACGGAAAGCAAUGUGAAACUGCACCAGAACGUUGUAUUGGUAGCCCAUGCAUGCAUGGUGGAAAGUGUCAAGAUUAUGGUUCCGGCCUUAACUGUACUUGUUCACAAGAUUACACAGGUAUUGGCUGCCAAUAUGAAUUCGACGCUUGUGAGGCAGGACUCUGUGAAAAUGGCGCUACAUGUAUAGACGAAGGGGACGAUUACACAUGCACCUGUGCCCCUGGAUUUACAGGAAAGAAUUGCAAUGAAGAUAUCAUCGAUUGUAAAGAAAAUUCGUGCCCUCCGUCAGCAACCUGUAUUGAUUUACCUGGACGAUUUUAUUGCCAAUGUCCAUUCAAUUUAACUGGUGACGACUGUAGAAAAACUAUCAGCGUAGAUUAUGAUCUAUAUUUCAGUGAUCCAUUACGCUCUAGCGCUGCUCAAGUAGUACCAUUUAGUACAGGAUCUGCUGAUAGUCUUACUGUUGGAAUGUGGGUUCAAUAUACACAACAAGAUGAAGGUGGUAUUUUCUUCACAGCCUACGGUGUAAGUAAUUCACAUAUCGCACUUAACAGAAGAACAAUCAUACAAGCCCAUUCCAAUGGUGUCCAAGUAUCUAUUUUCCCUGAACUUCAAGAUGUAUAUUUAAGCUUUGGGGAAUUUGCCACUGUUAACGACGGUCAGUGGCAUCAUGUUGCUUUAGUGUGGGAUGGAAGCAACGGAGGUGAAUUGACUCUUAUCACUGAAGGUUUAAUUGCCAGUAAACUAGAAGGUUAUGGCAGUGGGAAAACACUACCGCAAUAUAUGUGGGUAACUCUGGGAAAACCUCAAUCGGACAAUCCAAAAGCUUAUACUGAAGCGGGCUUCCAAGGACAUUUAACAAAAGUACAAAUUUGGAAUAGAGCACUUGACGUAACUAAUGAAAUACAAAAACAAGUACGCGACUGCAGGACCGAACCAGUCUUAUACAACGGCCUGGUGCUCACUUGGGCAGGGUACGAUGAUACUAUUGGUGGAGUAGAAAGAAUCGUACCAUCGCAUUGUGGACAAAGGGUUUGUCCAAACGGCUAUACCGGUGCUAAAUGCCAACAACUUCAAGUUGACAAGGAACCACCAAGAGUUGAUCGCUGUCCAGGUGAUCUGUGGAUUAUAGCAAGCAACGGAUCAACAAUUGUAAAUUGGGACAUGCCUGUAUUUAGUGAUAACGUUGGUGUUGCGAAAGUAGUAGAGAAAUCAGGACAUAAACCUGGUCAAAACCUUGCCUGGGGAGUAUAUGAUAUUGCCUACAUUGCUUACGAUAACGCAGGAAAUGCUGCUACCUGUACAUUCAAAGUAACCGUAUUGUUUGAAUUCUGUCCACCUUUACCUGAUCCGCUGGGAGGAUAUCAAUCUUGCCGGGACUGGGGUGCUGGUGGUCAAUUCAAAGUAUGUGAAAUCGCCUGCCGAGAUGGCUUAAGAUUCUCACAACCAGUGCCACCUUUCUACACUUGUGGAGCUGAAGGCUUCUGGCGUCCUACAACUGAUCCAACAUUACCGCUCGUGUAUCCAGCUUGUUCCCCUGCUUCUCCUGCACAACGUGUCUUCAAAAUAUCAAUGCAGUUCCCAAGUUCGGUCCUAUGUAACGAUGCUGGACAAGGUGUACUCAGACAGAAAGUCCGAAGUGCUAUUAACCAACUUAACAGAGAUUGGAACUUCUGCUCUUAUGCUGUCGAUGGUACCCGCGAAUGCAAAGAACUGGAUAUCAACGUAAAAUGUGAUCACCGAGGAAACUCACGUCAAACAAGACAAGUAUCAUCACCACCAACUGCAACAUCCAAGGACACAUAUGUGCUAGAUGCUAUAAUACCAGUCGAAGAGACAAGGAGCAGUCGGGAGGGCCGUCAAAUAGGAGACACAUACAGUAUUGACAUCUCCUUCCCAGCGGUUAUCGACCCAGUAAUCCAUAACGGUAACAACGAACGCUCUACUGUAAAACGAUUACUGGAGAAACUAAUUCUCGAAGACGAACAAUUUGAUGUACGAAACAUUUUGCCGAACACCGUCCCAGACCCGGCUAGCUUGAAACUGGAGUCAGAUUAUGCCUGUCCCAUGGGACAGGUGGUCAUGGCCCCAGAUUGUGUAUCUUGCGCUGUGGGCACUUUCCUCGAUUCGGCAAGCGAUUCCUGCAAACCAUGUCCAACUGGCACGUACCAAUCUGAAGCUGGUCAGUUACAGUGCACGCCUUGUCCAGCUAUUGCCGGUCAGUCAGGAGUCACCCAAGCCUCUGGUGCCAGAAGUGCAGCUGAUUGCAAAGAACGGUGUGCUGCUGGUAAAUAUUAUGAUGCUGAGGCAGAUCUGUGUAGACCAUGCGGUCAUGGUUCAUACCAGCCACGGGAAGGUGCAUUCUCCUGUAUCGCAUGUCCGAGGGGACAAACUACACGAGCCACAGAAGCGGUGUCUGCUGCUGAAUGCAGAGAUGAUUGUCCAUCAGGCGAGCAGUUAGCUAGCGACGGCGGCUGCGAGCCGUGUCCCCGCGGCACAUGGCGCGCGACGGGCUCGGGUGCGUCGUGUGCGCCCUGCCCCCCUGGCACCACCACCCCGCACCCCGGGGCAGCCUCCCCCGACCAGUGCUCACUACCAGUCUGCAAACCAGGUUCAUAUCUCAACGUAACUCUCAACACCUGCAUACAAUGUAGGAAGGGCACCUACCAGUCGGAGACACAGCAGACGCUCUGUAUUCCUUGCCCGAUCAACACCAGUACUAGAGGACCUGGAGCGGUAUCUGAAUCAGACUGCACAAAUCCAUGUGAGAUGAGCGGUCCCAACAAGCACUGUGACACGAACGCCUACUGCCUUCUGAUCCCUGAAACCAGUGAAUUCAAGUGCCGAUGCAAACCUGGUUUCAAUGGCACUGGGGAAUAUUGUACAGAUGUUUGCGAUGACUUCUGUGACAACGGCGGCGAGUGUGUGAAGGACCAGCGCGGCGAGCCGAGCUGCAGAUGUACCGGCUCCUUCACCGGCCGCCACUGCAGGGACAAGAGCGAGUUCGCGUACAUAGCCAGCGGCGUCGCUGGUGGAGUCAUCUUCAUCAUAUUCCUAGUGCUGCUUGUUUGGAUGAUCUGUGCCAGAUCAUCGAAAAAGAGAGAACCAAAGAAGACACUCACACCAGCUAUAGACCAAAACGGAUCUCAAGUGAACUUCUAUUACGGAGCGCACACGCCGUACGCAGAAUCUAUAGCGCCUUCACACCACUCCACCUACGCGCACUAUUACGAUGACGAAGAAGACGGCUGGGAGAUGCCCAACUUCUACAACGAAACGUAUAUGAAAGAGAGUUUGCACAAUGGAAUGAAUGGUAAAAUGAAUAGUUUGGCGCGGUCAAAUGCCAGCAUAUAUGGAACAAAGGAAGAUUUAUACGAUAGAUUAAAAAGGCACGCGUACCCUGGUAAGAAAGAUAAGAGUGACAGCGACAGUGAGGGUCAAUAAACAUAGAAGAGGGCUAUUUUGUCGCAUUCUGGUCAAACUUACAUAAUACUUUAUCGUAUUAAUGUUGACACUCGGUACCUUCAUAUAAAACCAAUGCAAUUUAUCUAAAGAAUUUACUUUCUUUAAUACGAGUACAUUACCGAGAUGUUUUUUUUUUUAUAAAUCUUUGUACUCAACUAGCUUUAUGAUUAGUUUUAAUUUUUACAAGGCACGUGGAUUAACACACUCACUGUUUAAAAUUGCAGCCCCACCAAAUAUAUAUUGUAUGUCACAAAUCACUAUAAGCGUAAUAGCGAAGUUAAAGGAUCUUUAGCAAUUUAGAUUGAUUUACCAAAAACAGUGAAUGUGUUGAUGUUCAGAGAUUAAUAUUUUCAACGAAAAAAAAUGCUCAAAAUAUUUUUAGACGAAGACCAAAUUAUACAGGUCCGGUAGUAGAUCUUAUAUUUUAGAAUCUCUACAUUUUCUUAUCGAAAGACAUUCCGACUACAUUCCAAUUUUUCUUUUUUUUUAUUAUUUAAUUAUAUUUUUUUAUAACAAUAAAAUGUAAAUAUGCGUUUUAAUUAAAUAUUUGUAUAUUUAUGAUAGACCUCAGAAAAGUGGUGUUAGUUUUUAGGUAUACAUUAUAAUUUGCUAUUAGUUUUAGGUAGACAUUUGCGUGAGCGAUGUUAAAUAAAAGUUGUGUUGAUAUUGUAAGUCAAAUGUUUAUGUUGUAUUAUAAACCGGACUGUACCUACUUACUGUAUUUUAUAUAUAUCAAUAUUACUUAAUUGUAAAAAUGUGUGUGGGUGUAUAUUAGGAACGAAUGUAUAGAAUGUUUUAUAUUAUAUACGUGACUACAUUUAGGUGAAUUUAAUUUAAUAAGCAUAAUAUUAGUUUUAUACAGGAACUUAAUAUUUUACAAUGUUUUUUAUACUUAAAUGAAAAAAGAUAUAAACUUUACCCUAACAACCGAUUUUAUAAAAUAAUACGCAAUUGUAAAAUACUCAAGAUUACAACUCGUAUGUAUUCCAUCACAAUGAAUACCACUAUAGGGAUUACCUAUUAACAGUAAUAUACUUUUACAAAAAAAUAAAUUAACAUUAUGUAUUGAAUAA